AUGUCAAUUAUUGUGUUGUCAACAGACUGUGACUAACGUGAAUGGUGGGGCGCAUGGAUGGCGACGCACGCCUGGCGGACGCUCGCCGUUCUCCUCGCGGCGACCACACUCGCGCUAGCUGGAUAUGCUGAAUUAGAAGCAUGGAAGGGAGCAGGGAGAGCAGCAACAGAUGCUCAGGAAGCGGAGGACGAACGUCAUGAUGCGGAGAUGCUGGCGGCCGUGAGGGCCUCCAUGCGAGACUGGGAACUCAAAAGGGCACGAACGAGGAGUAAAAGAUCUCAAGGCAGCGUUUGUUAUGGCGAAUUUGGUUGCUUCGAAGAUGCGGGCCCCUUCGCUUACCUGGAAACGUUGCCCAGCUCCCCGCAGGAAGUCGGAACGCACUUCCUCAUGUAUUCCACCGUCAGCAGAGGUGAUCAGCCCCUGCUUGCGGUGUCGGCGAGCAACAUGUCCGCCGCGUGGGGUUGGGCGGCGAGCGCGUUCGACGCGGCGCGACCCACACGCGUCAUCGUGCACGGUUUCGGGUCCAACUGUGACAACGUAUGGGUCUACGAAAUGCGCUCCGCUUUAAUGGCCGUGGAAGAAUGCAACGUCGUAUGCGUCGAUUGGGAAGGUGGUGCAACUAUGCCGAAUUAUCUUCGUGCUGCUGCUAAUACAAGACUCGUUGGGAAACAGCUCGCAAUGUUGUUAGAAGGUUUAGCAGAACAUAUAGAUUUGAGAUUUGAAGACGUACAUCUGAUCGGAUUCAGUUUGGGUGCUCACGUAGCUGGUUUUGCUGGUUCAGAACUGAGGAACAUUAGCAGAAUAACUGGGCUAGACCCAGCGGGUCCUCUAUUCGAGUUCCAAGACCCUCGCGCGCGACUCGACCGCACCGAUGCCAAGUUCGUCGACGUAAUCCACUCCAAUGGAGAAACGCUGAUCUUCGGUGGUCUAGGCGCCGCUCAGCCACUUGGCCACGUCGACUUCUAUCCUAACGGAGGACGGGUCCAACAUGGUUGUUCUAAUUUGUUCGUUGGUGCGGUAUCAGAUCUGGUGCUGCCGUGGUCGGCGCCGUCGCCGGAGGGCCGGUCGCUGUGCAACCACCGUCGAGCCUACAAGUUCUUCACGGAUUCAGUCUCACCUAAAUGCCAUUUCCCUGCAUUCCCUUGCACUGAUUACGACACUUUUCUUGAGGGUCGAUGUUUCCCUUGCGACGGACAACGACGCUGCGGUAACAUGGGCUAUUACGCUGACCGAUCCCUUGGACGAGGACAACUGUACCUGCUCACCAGGGAAGAAGAGCCUUUUUGUGCACAUCAAUAUCACGUGUCGGUGUGGGCGCGCAUCGAACCCGGAGAGAAGCCUACCUUCGGCCGGUUGACACUCACCCUACACGGAGACACGGGCCUCAACGAGUCUUUCCCUAUGACCAAACGCGAGAACGCAUCAGUGGGCGUGGCGCGGUUCUCGCGCGUGGUGGUUCCGCACCCCGCGUUGGGCGUGCCGCUGCGUGCCACGCUCACGUACGCCUCAUACUCGGGCUGGCUCAGCGCCGGCGCCAGGCACGUGCACAUCGAUAAACUACUCAUCGCGGACAGCUUCGCUAAGACGUCAUCAUUUUGUAAGAAAGGACUACAGCUGCAAUCUGAGGAAUCCAUAGAAUUGCCUCUUUAUCCAGGAGACUGCAUCAUACAACAGGACGGUAGCCCACAUAACGGAACAAACGAGGAAUUUGAAUACUCUAGCAAACAGAACACGACAGGAUCGAUAGAUCCAAUAGACAACGAGUUACCGGAGGAUACGCCACAGCGACCGUUCGUUCUUGUGGACAAUUCGGAGUGGACAGGUGGCGACACCGGUCGAGCUUUCGGCAUGACAAACGUCAAGACUGCGCCCAGCGGCGUCGUGGAAAUCGCUGAGCCAGUACUUCGUCCCCGCCCGCGUAAAACUCCACGCCAAAGGACUGAUAAUGACGAACACGAGAUAUCCGAACCAAUCCUACGAGCUACGCAACCACCACGCUCCACGCAACCUCCAGCGCGCAAAGCGAAAAACUAUGAAGCCCCCACAACGCCGACGUACGACGCCAUGGCGUGGGGCGAUCACGCCGAAAAAGAUGAGUCCAGCUUCGCAGUACAGUUCCUGCCGUCUCGUUUAGCCUCAUUCAUUUCGAGAGCCGAAAGAUACGCUAGAGACACCUUGCUACCACUAGUUUCCGCUUACGCCCCUCGCCUCCCGAUAUUCGGAUCGCGAGAAGUGGCGAAACCGACUGCGAGGUACAUCCCUACGGAAGAUUUAAAUACGACCGCAUCGGUUCCGGUACCAACGCCAACGUUAGAGAUGAAAAUAGAGACCCUGAGAUCUGUUGGGCCGCCGGAACGACGAGAGGUGGAGUCGCCUGAGGAACCGGACAUUCCCGUGGUCAUAUCGACGACCACCACAACUGAAUCGACUACCACGACCACAACCGAGAAACUCCGUGCGGCCCCCACGGAGAUGCUGAAAGUCGUCUCAGGGCCUACGGCGUUGACGACCACGUUGCCUCCUGUGGCAUUGCGCAGUGACAGCGAGAAAAUAGUCAUCGUAUACCCCAGUAACGCUAGAGACGAACGUAAGAUUCGCUCGCAUUCAUAUCCGGAGGAACUGCAAUUUGAAGCGUUAUAUCGCCAUACUUCGGCGCCUUCGCCGGUGAGAGUUGACUUGCCUACCUUCACUCCGCCUACGUCCACUUUGUCGCCUAGUUCUACGAGAUCGCCAGACACGGAAGCGAGGUAUAUACCAGUACUGUUUCCUAAGUCGAAAGUAAACUAA